ACGCCGGGGUUGGGUUUCAAGGGUGGGGGGAGGAAGCCGGCGUCUCGAGCCCCCCCCCGCGCUUCGGGGUGCGCAUCUACCUGAGCAAAGCACUGGGACUGAAAGGAAGAGAGCGAAAAAGAGGGGCAGGGACGCGCUGCGCCUGGUGAGGUGAUUUUGGGAAGGGGGAGUCGCAAAGUUUGGGGCGGGCGCGUGUUGUCCGGAGAGAGCCUGGAGCCGGGGGAACGAGGCGGCUCUGCGGGGGCGCAGAUGGCGACCCAGGUGGAGGCUCUCCUGCCCGCGACUCCCCUGCUGUCUUCCGAGGAACACGGACUCGUUAUCAAGAAGCCUCAGGAGAAAGGCGAGCACCUCAUGCACCAAGGAGAGAAGGCCAACGCCGACGAGGGCAAAGGGGCCGGCCCCGACAGCUGCAGCAAGGAAGGCGGCGGCGGCGGCAACGUGGGGGAACAUUUGCGCCGGAAUGGGGCUCUCCUCAGGCCCCCCAGUAUCAAGCAGCAGAAGGAGGACAGUAACAACCAGGAGAAAGAGAACCUGCUGCAUCAGCGGAGCGGCGGCGGCGUAGAAUCGAACCGGCUGCCCGGCGAGGCCGGCAGCAACAGCAGCGGCGGCGAGGAGGGCGGCGAGCAGGGAGGAGUUGGGCGCAAGGAAUUCAUCGAGGCCCCCCCGCCGAAGGUGAACCCUUGGACUAAGAACGCGCCCGUGGCCCUGGUCGCUCUCAACGGACAGUCCCCGCCAGAACAUUCAACUCCAGCCAAGGUAGUGAAAGCAGCAAACCCAAGGCAGAGAAAAGGAAGCAAGGUUGGUGACUUUGGGGAUGCAACAAAUUGGCCAACACCAGGAGAAAUAGCUCACAAGAGUGUACAGCAGCUGCCACACAAGCCCCAAUCUCUCCGGAAGGUUCCUCUUAAGAAAAACAUGAAAGAGCAGGAGAAGGGUGAAGGAAGUGAUGGCAAAGAGAACAUGAAAACUCGGUCAGAUGAAUCUGGGGAAGAGAAGAAUGGAGAUGAUGACAACCAGAAAUCAGCUCAGAAGAAAAAAGGCAACAGACACAAAUGGGUCCCUUUGCAAAUAGAUAUGAAGUCUGAGGUGCCAAGGGACAAAACUGCUUCUCGCAACAACAGACAGAAUGAGCAGCAUCGGCACCCUUCCAACAACCGGAGUGAAUCAAAAGGUUGGCAUCUAGAUAACAAGCAUGAACGGAACUGGCCUGACCAUGAUGAAACUUCCAGUGUCAAAAGUGAAGGGGCAACUGUACGUGGUGCCUUCAGGGGCAGAGGCCGUGGUCGUGGACGAGGGAGAGGGCGAGGGAGAGGAGGUACUCGCUGUAUGUCUCACUUUGAUUAUCAUUACGGUUACCGGAAAUUUGAUGGCUCAGAUGGCUCACGUACUCAGAAGUACACUAGUAAUAUCACCUACUACUUUGACAACAUCAGCAGCACUGAGCUCUACAGCGUUGAUCAAGAGUUGCUCAAGGACUAUAUCAAACGGCAGAUAGAGUACUACUUCAGUGUUGACAACUUGGAACGAGACUUUUUCCUGAGACGGAAGAUGGACAUGGAAGGCUUUCUUCCCAUCACUCUCAUUGCUAGUUUCCAUCGGGUGCAGGCCCUGACAACAGAUGUUAGCCUUAUAAUUAAGGCACUGAAAGACAGUAAAGUGGUAGAGAUUGUGGACCUGAAGAUCAGGAGAAAGGAAGAACCAGAGAAGUGGCCUUUACCUGGCCCUCCCAUGACGGAUUAUGCACAGACUGACUUCUCACAGCUAAUUAACUGCCCAGAGUUUGUGCCCAGGCAAAGCUUCCAAAAGGAGACAGAAUCUGCUCCUGGUUCUCCUCGCUCUGCCAGUCCUGUGCCAACCAAAACUGAGGAAGUUAGCAAUCUGAAGACAAUGCCUAAAGGCCUUUCGGCUAGUCUGCCAGACUUGGACUCUGAGGCAUGGAUUGAAGUGAAGAAAAGGCCCAGGCCUUCUCCAGUCAGACCUAAGCAGAAGCCAGAAGAGUCCAAAACACCACUGAAACAGAAGGACCAGGAUGAACCUGAGGAACUAGACUUCCUGUUUGAUGAGGAGAUGGAACAGAUGGAUGGGCGUAAAAACACUUUCACUGAUUGGUCAGACGAGGAUUCGGACUAUGAGAUUGAUGAUAGGGAUGUGAAUAAAAUUUUGAUUGUAACACAAACACCCCCUUACCUGCGCCGGCACCCAGGAGGGGACAGAACAGGCAAUCACACAUCCAGGGCAAAGAUGAGCUCAGAAUUGGCCAAGGUGAUCAAUGAUGGACUGUAUUACUAUGAGCAGGACCUGUGGACGGAGCAAUUUGAACCAGAGUACUCCCAGAUAAAGCAAGAAGUAGAGAACUUCAAGAAAGUGAAUAUGAUCAGUCGAGAACAGUUUGACACUCUGACACCCGAACCUCCUGUUGAUCCAAAUCAGGAAGUCCCUCCUGGGCCACCCAGGUUCCAGCAAGUUCCUACAGAUGCUCUGGCCAAUAAACUCUUUGGUGUACCAGAGCCUUCAACCAUUGCCCGAUCUUUGCCAACAACUGUGCCAGAAUCUCCAAAUUACCGCAAUGCCAGGACCCCCCGAACUCCUCGUACACCUCAGCUUAAAGACCCAACACAGACGCCGAGAUUUUAUCCAGUGGUAAAGGAAGGCAGGCUAAUAGAUGCCAAGACACCCCGGAAGAGGAAGACACGGCACAGUUCAAAUCCUCCAAUGGAAUGCCAUGUUGGUUGGGUGAUGGAUUCCCGGGAGCAUCGGCCUCGAACAGCAUCCAUCAGUUCCAGCCCCUCGGAAGGUACCCCAGCCAUUGGCAGCUAUGGCUGCACUCCACAGUCGUUGCCCAAGUUCCAGCACCCCUCCCAUGAACUCCUCAAGGAGAAUGGCUUCACGCAACAUGUCUACCACAAAUAUCGCCGGCGCUGCCUUAAUGAGCGGAAGCGAUUGGGCAUUGGUCAGUCCCAGGAGAUGAAUACACUCUUCAGAUUCUGGUCGUUUUUCCUUCGGGAUCAUUUUAACAAGAAAAUGUAUGAGGAGUUCAAGCAACUGGCCUUGGAAGAUGCAAAAGAAGGAUACAGGUAUGGAUUGGAGUGCCUUUUCAGAUACUAUAGCUAUGGACUGGAAAAGAAAUUCCGACCUGACAUAUUUAAGGAUUUCCAAGAGGAAACUAUAAAGGAUUAUGAAGCUGGGCAGCUUUACGGGCUUGAAAAGUUUUGGGCCUUCUUGAAAUAUUCUAAAGCCAAAAACUUGGACAUUGACUGCAAACUGCAAGAAUACCUCGGCAAAUUCCGGCGCCUUGAAGACUUCAGAGUGGACCCUCCUAUCGGAGAAGAAGGUGGCCACAAGAGAUAUCCAGCAGCAUUGGGAGUAGAUGGAAGAAAGCGUUAUCCAUCUCAAUCUUCCAGCAAACCAAUCAGCCAGACCCCAUCCAAUCAAGUCUCUGUGUCAUCUAGUCAAGUCCCCACCUCAUCUAGCCAGUCUGUGCAAGAGGAUGCCAAAAACCUGAGCCAGCCACAUGCUGUUUCCACAGCAACUGUGGAAACUCAAACAAUGGGGAAGUAGAGAUAAUAGAACUUCCGAUGGAAAGGGGGCAGGGAUGCACAAGGGAGUUGGAAUGUGGGUGCCUAAGACCAGGCUGCUUGCGGGAGGUGGGGGACUGCAGCGCACACGAUUUCUCUUGUUGGCUGGAAAAACAAGAUGAUGAUCCAAGGUUGAAAGCAUCCUUUUCCUCGCAGUGAUUUUAAGUCAGUGAUUGGAGCCAGAUCCUCACAUUUUCACGUCUUAGCGCCUUUUGGGGGUAGGGUUGGGAAGGGAGAGAUUUUUAUAAAUAUAUAUAAAUAUAUAUAUAUAUAAUAUUAUAUAUAUAUCAAGUUUUAAAUUAUUGAUAGAAGUUUGUUUGGAUAAACCAAAAUAAUUCUGCAUCAUGCAGCCCCAUGCAAUCCAGUUCCUUCUCAUCCCACUGAACACUGAACAACUAUGCAGCCCACUUCAUAAGCUGGAAGAGUGGGCCGGACAAUAUGGUUCCAUUUGGAAAUGGGUCUUUGGCUUUCCAGGCCCAACAGGCACCUCCCAUUCUGGAUAUGACAAUGCACAAGGAGUCCCUCUGCCCACCAUCACAAGUGUCACUUCUGUUACAGCUUCCUCCUAUGCUGCUCACCUUUCCAUCAUAGACUGACUACUGGAAGUCAACCAAAGGAUCUUGGCCGAAUGUUGGGGCCCACCUUGCAUUGCGCCCACCCAGUACCUUUCGCGUGAUGGGUAGAACAUAAACUUGCACAGUAUCUCCCUUCACAUAGGAAUGCUGAGACUUUGCUUAAACAGCUUUCUCUUAAAAACAAAAAUCACAAAAAACUUGUUAAAAAAAGUCUUUCUUUGCUUCCUUCCUUGAAAAUAAUAAGUUGCCUUAUUGUGGAGUUGGGAACUUGGAGGCAUCCCUGACUUCUUGAGCAAAUUUGGGAAAUGGCAUCUGCUUGGGACUCAGCCAGGCUGUGAUAAGUCUCUGUUCCCCUAUUCAUUGACUCCUGCCUGCAGUGGCUGGUGAUCUCCCCUUUGACCCAGCUCUGUGAUCAGCAUCAGCUGGAGCAGUACUGUUGACAUCUGGUUAAAUGUUGGUUCAAAUCACUUGGACAGUUUUAUCUCUGGAGCACGGGGUACUGGGACACUUCAGUCUAAGUCUUCUGCUAUUGUGUGGUUGAUGCUGAUGUAAAUGUAUCAACUGUUCGAGUGCCCUUCCUGCUACAGCAAGUACACACGCUAUUGCCUCACUCAGACCUCCAGGUGCACUGCCGUUUUCCUCCCACCAGGCAGGCCAGGAACUAGCCUGUUGAUCUCAUGAAUUAUUCCUAUCCCAGGGCGGGCAGGCAGGUAGGCAAGCAAGCAGACAGAUGUACCAGGCAGUGGGCUAGGCACGGAGAGGAUCCACAGGUGUGUGCUCUUGCUCUUAACAUAUAUGGUUGAAGAAUGUGUGUACAGAAAAAUCAGCUUUAUAGCAAACAGGAUGGGAUUCUUUUGUGUGUGGUAGUUUCCAAAUCAGAGGCAGCUUGCUAAGUGGUAACUUGCCUAUGCAGGUUUCCAUUCUGUAUAUUCUUACUUAAUUACUGGCAUGCGAACCUGCCUUCCUUCCCUGGUUGACUAAGCCAAUGAGGGCACAGCUGUUUAGGCUCUUCUCUGGCUACAGCUACUUUGCCUGUCUUGCAUCACAAAAUCACUUCAUGUCCUCUCAUCCUGUGUCCUAGAACUGUAAACAAAGCACCAUGCUUGACUUGGCUGCUCUUGGGUUAACUGCUGGAACUAAGUCUGAGACGAUUUCACAGUGUGUGCCCACAUGGCUCUUAGCAUCUUAAAAGCAUCUGGUACUGGAGCUGUGGGAGUGAAUGUCAGAGCAGACGGAAGCAUAUGUGUCUGGACAACUUGUUUCUGACAACCUGCUUUGUUGUUUUUGUAUUUUGUUCUCUCCCUGGUGUGCUAUUUCUAAUCAAUUAGCAGAUAAUUCAGUAGGGGAGGGAAGAUCUGAGAUUGCUUGGUCAUUAGACCAUUGCAGCUGGUCGUGUGACUUUGAAAAAAAGAAUAAAUGGUAGCAGAGACAGUGCAGUGCCAUUUAUUUAGUUCUACACAUGCAAUGGCUAGGUGCCAAAUAAUUCUCUUUGGCCCUUUCCCCCACCAUAAUGCAUGUGCAGAAGGCAGUUUCAUGAUCCUGUGGGCUGAAUUCAUCCUCUGCCUAUAGUUCUUCAACACCUAGAAAAAGUAAACUACUCUAGAGGUGUGGAGACUGUUUCCAAUGGAUGCAAGGCCAUAGGGCUUGGCAGGGCAGGGUGGAGGAGGAGAAGUCUUCAGUACUCACAUGCGUUAAGAAUUGGCGCUCCAGGCAUGUAUCUCCGAUCCUGAGCAUGCUGCAAAGUGUGGUUAUGAGGCCUGUCAGGAAAGGACAGUGCACGCCCUGCAGUUAGCCAUUUGGAGCAAAAAAAUGGUUACUUUUCAGGGGAUGUGAUGACACAGCCAUUAAUUUAUCACUCCUCUUACAUGUUUUGGUACUACAGAUGUAGAUAAUUAAAGAGAUGGGGCUUACUGCUCAUGGCCUGUUUUGUCUAGCUGAUGUUACUGCCUUUUAGCUGUGUCACGCAUGCUGUUAAUGGAAGUUUGUUUUGGAGCUGUCUUUGAGUGACCAUGCUGUUAAAGCACGCCCUGUGGUUCUAGCACAGCCAAAUAGCAGCAAGAUCUUUCUUUUUUCUUUCCUUUUUCUUUCCUGUGUCAGUUGUGACUCUGUUAUUUCAAACCCUUAGCCUGUUACUGUAUGUACCAUUAAAAGGCAUGAUUUAAAAAUGCACCAAGCAUUCCACGGUUUCACUAGAUGUGGCAGAGUACCCACUGUAAGCUCACUGUUGCAACAGCAGAACCAUGCUAACAUGCACUUGAUAGUUAGGAGACUCAACCUUCUCUGGCUUUCAGUUUUCUCUAGUCCUUUACACAUGGCAAGAAUUCAGUUUGUACGGAUUGGGACACUAGUCAUAUCUUCACCACAAUUUGGGUAUGAAAUAAGGGAAAAUGUAUGGAAAGCUGUUGUUUGUAAGAAAGGAGCAAAUGAUCAAAGUCUUUUUUUUAAAGCAAGAUCAACCAGUGGAAUUCGGUUUAAAACUUUUUUCUUAGAAAUGGUCGAGGAAGUUGCUUGAGAGCAAAGAAAACUUUCAUGGUGCAAUAGAGGAUUCUUGCAAAGUUUAGAUCACUUAAGAGGGGGCAUAGGUUUUAGGAAGAUAAGGCAUUGGCACAGAACUGUAAUCUGGCUAACAAUGGCACAUUGAUUCUUCCGUAGCUGUCCCUGAAUUAGAAUCCCAAGUAUCUUUUUUACUUUUCAAAACCAUCUGAAAAUACUUGCCUUUUGAAAACAUAUGUAUAGGUCACGGACUCUCCAGCACCAUCUUGAAAUGGAGGCGGUAGCAUGUGCUUGUAGGUCUGUUAACUCUUAGCAGGCGUAUCCAGUGCCUUGGCUGCCAGUGCCAGAAGAUCACAGCGCCAAUCCUUUAAAGAUGGCAUUUGUUACAUUGUGCUCUGCUCAUGGAACAAUUGUCAUUUUCCAUGGCUUUGGUCCCCUCUCCUCUCCCCCCCUACCCCCAUUUUAUGUAUAUGUAUAAAAACAGGGAAUAGAAUUUGGCUUCUUGACUCAAGGUUUUCCAGCAGAGAAGAUGGACUUUGCCAUGACCACUCUUUGGAAAAAGAAUAAAUGUGAAAGGGAUUCCCUAUGUUGUAAUAAUUCUGUUUCUACUUGUACCUUGGUUUUCAAAACAAAUUCAGCAGAUGUGGGUAUCCUAUGCUGUCCUAAUGUGCAGUGGUAAUAUCUUCUGAGAAGCAUUUUUUCUUAGUUGUGUUGUAAAAGCUAUCUGCUGUUGCCUAAUGUCUGAGGCUACCAUUAAAACACAUAGCUUGUGUUUCCCAUUGGGAACACUAAAGCUUUCCUAUCAUAGGCAGAAGAUACCUUUGUCUUGCCAUGCUGGAUAGCUGGUGUCCUAACAUCCUUACAUCCAAGUCUUAAUGAGGGGUGUAAAAACUGGUUUAGGAUGGUCAGUGAAAGUGACCUUUAUUAGUAGUAAGUGUUGGUGCUUUGUCUGUCCUACCCCCUUUUACCCCUUCCUUUUCUUCCUCCCACCUUUGCAGUUGUGUUUGUUCAAAGUUCUGUACUUUCCCAUCUUGCUUCUGGUUUGUUGGCUGAUUCUAUGUUUAGCAUAUGACACAGUAACCUCACUAUUCUGCCAUGUGUGUUUAAAAUAGAGGGAUGGGAUGGGAGGCAUCAUUCAAGCCUUGUUUUUCUUUUGGUUAAGCAUAAACAAUCAAAUCUGUUAAUGCAGCAAACUCUGCCGUGCUCUAUUAUCUCUCCAUAUGGAUCCUCUUCUACAACAUAGAUGUGUCAAUAACUUUUAAAAAAUCAGCUAGGUUUUUAGAAGGGAUGGGUAGCUACAUUGUUAAAUGCCUCAGUUAUUUUUUUAAAUCAAUUUCAUAUAUGAGUGGUUUUAUGGGGGGUGGUGGGCAAUUUCAUCUCAGUAACAUGGGUUUGGACAAAGUUUUUGUUUUUAAAUAAUUCUAAGGAUAACAUUUCGUUUACAUUUUCACUUUCUGAAGACACUUGAACAUAGGACCGAUGUAUCUGUGAUGAGGACACCCUAUGGUUGGAAGCAUGUAAAGGGCAUGUAAAGGGCUUAACCAUUGCUGUAUGGUUUUAGACUUGUUCUGCCAAGUCUGGCCUUCGGUUGCCCUCUUUUUGUUUAUUUCCUUAAUGAUAUUGGUUCUUGCAUCUAUUCGUUCUCCCUCCCAGAAUUGGUUCCUGUAUCUAUUUGUUCUCCCUCCCAGAAUCUUGGUUCAGCAGGGUGGCCUGAGCCACUGACAUUACUUGGCUAGGAAUAUCAGUGGCCUUAGCAGAAGCUUUUGCCCACCAAAGCCUUCCUGUUGUAGCAUUACGUGGCUGUGGAGCAGGAUUGGCUGUCUCCUCUUCAACCUCUCUCAUUGUUGGCUUGUCCCUGCAGUAGUGCACUAUGUGAUGAUUGGGAUAUGCAGCCUGUGAAACUGUGACUUGGAAGUCAGCAUUGAGCUUUAAAUGGUGAGGGUUGGAGUUUCAUUCGUGUAAAGUCUGUAUUAAGCUGCUAAAAAAAAAUUGGAUGAGCAACUGGCAAAAGAUGCAAUGAUUGUUUUGUAUAGAUGUCUUAUAACUUCGUCACAGUAGAAAAGAACAUCUGUUUGGUAUUCUUGCUCUCCCUGAGUGAAUGAGUGAGAGAGAAUGUGUGUGCGCAUGUAUGUGUAUGUGUGUGCUCCAACUUCACCCCUUUUGCUAAAAACAAAACCCCAAAAGUGUUUGUAAUCACUUUCAGCUGUAUUUAUUCUUGGAAAACUUUAAACCAACUGUUACCAUAUAUCACCUGGGAGGGAAAGAUCUUGUUAGUAUGGCCCACCGUACACAAUCCCAUCUCCUGUUAAUAGUAUGUAAUUCUUAACCCAUGUGCUAGGAUCAUCAUCACAUUGGGGUGGGGGGGAGGGGAAGGAAGAGGAAAAAACUGUAAAAUACUUGAAUGAGAGCCUGUAUUAUAAACAGUAAUAUUAUUCAGAGUAUCUGCUUUCUAGGCUGAUGUGACUCAUUAUUCUAGUAGUGCUUUAGUCCUUUGUAAUUUGUGGUAAUUAUGCUUUUUCCUUUUUAAUACAAAAAUGUAUAAAAAUAAAAACCUCAAAAGACCA